UCGAUCUAAGACCGAUCGAGCAUCAUAUUAUUUUUUAUUUCUAUUGAAUUAGAUUGACAAAAAAAAAAAAACGUCGUUCGAGCGGAGUACUUGUAUCAGGUGUGAAAUGCGCAUGCACCUCUACAUAAGUAGGUCACCCGAAUGGAGUCUGAAAUACUGCGCCUUCUGUAGCGAAUGGCGCCUUGGUCGUUCUAGUGCAGCAAUGUGACAGUUUGUCACGUGCUAUUGUGGAUCUAUUUGCCUCUAGCAUCUGAACAUCAUCAUCAGAUAUUGCACAAGAGUAUUUAGGAGAUCUCCCUGUGAAGUGCAUGCGUGUUUGGUAUGGCAGUUAAUAGAAUUAUACGCAUUAGUCAAGAAGACAAGAAGACGAAAAUUUCUACUUCCAAUGAAGACACAAGCUUGUCUGAUUUAAACCAGUACUGGACAAAUGAACAGGCACUGCAGCUAAUACAGUUUUACAAAGAAUACAUCAAUUCCAAUAAGAUGACUGACAGAUGGAAGAAAGUUAUGUGGGAGCACAUUGCAGCACAAAUGAGAGAUGCUGGUUAUGCUUCCUGUACUGCAAGUCACUGUUCUACUAAAUACAAGUGCAUGUCACGGCAGUACAGAAUUGUCACUGAGAACAACGUCAUUCCUGGAAACAAAAAACGUUCCUGUUUCUUCUAUAAAGCAUUGUCAGAAGUCUAUAGUUAUGUCCCAGUGAUUAGUCAGCCAAGUGAAAGCAAAUCCAAUGGUGAUGAUAAUGAUGAUCCAUGUGGUAGUUCUUCUACAAGUAAAACAGUCAUGUCCUUGAUCCUAGACAUGAAUGAUGAUGAUGGAGAACAAGAACAAAAGUGUUUUGAUAAAAUGGAAACAAUGCAUCAGGAAAAGAUGGAAAUGUUUUCUGCAUUUUUGAGGACAGUUCCGCUUUCUGAUAAUGGUUAUAGGCGAACUUCACAAAAAACUCUACAAAAACAAAGUAGGAAGCGUGAAAUGUUUGAGGAUAGCAAAGUAAUAUCUUUGUCCGAUUCUGAAGACAAUGCGGAUGAGGUGCAAGAAUCUGGCCAGAGUGAUGGUUUUGAUGUUUCCGGAACUCUUGCCAUUGAUCCAGAUCCAAAUAAAAGCCAGUGGACUGAACCAUGGUCAAAAGAAACUAGUGAUGUUUUCAUGAGUCUUUUGGAGAAAUACAGAAGCAUGUGGAUUGAUCCAGCUUGUAAGAAAGAAACAUUUUGGGAACUUGUCGCAUCCGAGCUGAACAAAGAAACAGGAACAUCUUUUGAAUCACAAGAAGUAGAAAAGCAUUUCAAAGUUCUCGCUGGGAAAUAUAGAAAGGUCAUUUACAACAAUAGUAAACCUGGGGCCAAGCUUAUCACUUGUUUCUAUUUUAAACAACUUAAUGAUCUGUUUUCAAGCAAUCCUAAUGGAUGGUAUAGAAUGCCGAAAGUAUUUGUCCAUUCACAACCACGAUUCAAACGUAAAUGCAGCAGCAGUGGCAAUGAGUUGUUGACACUUCUGAAAACAAUACAUUCUGAAAGAAAAGACGAAGAACAAAGAAUGUUGAAGGAACUCAAAAGAAUGCAUGAUGACAAAAUGACAUUUUUUUCAUCCUUAUUAAAUGUUUUAAAAAAAACAAAAAAGUAGGUUUUAUGUUAAGACUUUCAUGCGUUUUAUUGUUUUAGUUCAUAAUGGUUUCUCUAGAAAUUAUCACAUGAUGGCAGCAGUGUUUCUAAGCCAAGCUCAUGAACACUAGGCUUAUGAAAAAGUGUGCACCAUCCACCCAAUGUCGUUGGUUUCUGAUCUGCUGUAGCCUACAUUCCCAUCUAUUAGCUGGUGUAGUGUGGACUCCUUUUAGGACAUGUCUUUAAUGUAUUAAAUAUUUAACCACAUUCUAACUCUUUGAGGGCACAAAAAUACUUUAAGAAAACAUAGACUGUGUUUGUUUUCAUAGUUUACAAAAUAAUUUAGAUGAAUUGAAAUGUAUUUACCUCUAAAUGCAUUUGUCAAAAGUGGCUUCUUCAAAAUUUGAGAAAUAUAAUUACAGUGCUCAA